AAAAACUUUUACCACACAUACAACGGGAAUAAUUUUGUUAUUCAAAAUGUUUAGUUUAUUAGUUUUAUGUAUUAGAAUUAGAUAAUUAAGUGUUUAUAAAAAUGUACCUGUAUAUUUCCUAAAAUAAAUUGAAAGUUUUUGUGCGAUUCCGUUGGAUAACUUGUUGAAAUGGCAGUUUGUGGUCUAAGAACGUUAUUGUUGAUCGUCUGUAUUUUGGAAUUGAUCAUCACAAUACAGCGGCAAGUCUUUGAUUUUCUUGGAUAUAUGUGGUUGCCAAUAAUUGCAAACUUCACGAACAUAAUUUUGAUAAUAUUUGGAUCAUUUGGAGCUGUUCAGUAUAUUACAAAGUAUCUUUUAGCGUAUGCAAUAUGGAGUUUCAUGUGGCUAGUAUGGAACAUAUUUUUGAUAUGCUACUACCUGAAUUUGGGCUCUUUGAACAGGGAUAGUGGCCUGUUAUCCCUAGGUACAGGCAGUGUGAGCUGGUGGGAAGGCAAUGGUUGGGGAUGUCAACCAGUUUGGGAUGAAGUGGAUGGUCCUGGCUCAUGGAGACCCACAAGAGUUGAGGGUUGUUUCAUGCAGUGGGACCAUGUGGAACUGGGACAGUCAGCUGUUGCUGCUAUAUUUGCAGCCACAGCAUUACCACUUGCUGUUGUUUUGGCUUAUAGAUCCUUUAAAAAGCAGAAGCCAGCAGCAGAUAAAGGAACAAUGUCUCGUCGACCGGUGUAUACGAUUGAACUAAGUCCAACAGAAACAAACAUCAGUGAAACUUCAAUGAAGCCAAUGACACCUCGUCGAGUCAAACGUCGAUCAGGUUCUCGAGGAAAUAACUCGUCAGUCCGGAGGUCCCGUCGAUCAUACAGAAACGCCGGAUACUUAUCGUCAAACGCUUCGUUGCCUCGCGAGUCGAGAGCCUCUCGACCGACGUCGGCACACUCGUCCUACUCCAAUUUUCACGCGGCGCGUCCUGUCUCUUAUCACACAGCAGAGCGAGAAAACUUUCCUUGUGUAGAAGAUGCCUAUGACCCACCACCCCCAGUCGAAUCUGUUCCUAUAGUCACUAAUAAUAGGUAUAACACCAUAGGUCGUAGCAGUAUGAAAUCGGGUUAUGAUGUAGUCGGCCCUUACAACGAACCAAACCCACCAAGGAAAUACGAGCCCAACAUUGCAUCUUAUGACAAUAUUGAAAGAAAUUAUGAGACCGCACCCACUUACGAUAAUAGAGCAGACAAUAUAACUCCUUGCGAGUCUCCUUCUUACGUGUACGGCGGCGCUUACGGCGAGGCGGCGUGGCAGACGCCGCCGCCGCCCGCGCCGCCCUACAGCGCCCGCGCCACGCCGCAGGCGCCCGGUCCGCCCGCCUACCAGCCCAUCAAUGAUCAUUAUAACAUGAAUAUAGCAGCUUAAUUAAUCAAUCAUAUUGUAGAUGCUUGACCUUGCAGAGUACUUAAGUGCCUUACUUCAGUGAUGUUAUUUGGUAAAUGCUGUUUGAAAUAUUGCUGGCCUUACUGUAGUCACUAAGUUUUGAUUUAUAUUUAGAUAAUCAUAUCGAAAUAUUGCCAUCAAGUGGUGUGUUUAACGAAUGAGUGUUUCAAGAUGUGAAUGUGAUUUUAUACGAAUUUUUUCAUUUGGGUUUAGGUCAUUGAGCGAGCAUAUUUUUAAGGAAUUGUUAUUAUUAUGUCAAGACAUUAGCUUUAAUGAAACUGUUAGUGUUAAGUUUCUGCCAGAAAUAAUUAGUUUAACAACGAUAGCACGUGUCGUUAUGAAGCAUUCAAACUGAAUUGAAGAUUAAUUAUAAAUUAUCCAAUUGUUGAUUUGAUUGCCCAGUGAAUUUAUACUUAUUUGUUUGGGCACAAAAUAAGUUUAUACUUACAUUUUAUAUCGAAUCCUACCCUAAACCAUUCCACUGACUCACAUUCCAGAAGCUGAUCAUAACAUGUUUUUAAUGUUCAGUACAUACAUUACUUGUGUUCUGUAAAUGUAUAUCGAAAUAAAUAGUAUCAAGAUCCCUUUAUUAGUAAAUUAGAAAGUAAACAAUAGUUAUUUUAUAAUGUUAUGAGAAUUC